AUGGAGGAGGAAGGCAGGAGGAGGAGAGGAGGAGGAGGGAGGAGGAGGAAGGAAGGAGGAGGAGGGGAGGAUGGGCAGGGGCACCCCGAGGUCAGCGACCAGCCGCCCUUCCUCAACGCGGUGGCGGAGCUGUCGCUCUCGGCCGCAAGGCUGGCCGACCUGCAGGGCCUGCUGGCGGACCUGAAGCAGAUCGAGAGCGACGUGGGCCGCGAGCCCGGGGUGCGGAGAGGCCCACGAGUUGUCGACGUAGACGUCGUCGCCGUUGGCAACGUUCAGCUUAACGUGACCUCCGGCAAGUACCCAUUGGAGGUUCCCCACGCUUUGAUGCACGAGCGAGACUUUGUCCUCGUUCCCAUGUCCGAGCUGUGCCCGGACUGGCGCCACCCCCGCCUGGAGGGCGGGCCGUCGGUGCGCGAGCUGCUCUCCGGACUGCAGCUCGGCAGCGGCGUCGCGGCGCCCGGCGCCAGCGUGGAGGCCUGGCCGUUCCAGGUGGCGCACGUGCUGAAGCUCCGCCAGCAGCUGGAGCUGGCCGAGACCAAGGAGGCCAAGGCUGCCGUCGAGGUCGCGCAGGCGCUCAAGGCGCGGACGGCCGCGGCGCAGGCGCUGGCUUGCGCCGAGGGCGUCACCGCGCAGCAGGCCGCGACCAAGGGCACAGCCGAGGCCAAGAUCUUCGAGGCCGCCGAGGCCGAGGCUGAGGCCGUGAAGGCCGAGGCCCAGAGGGGGCAGCAGUUCGACGGUACCUCUCAGCAGUCGCACUACAAGUUCGUUGUUCAGAUUCGCUACCAGAUGCGCCCCGUCUCGGACGUUCGCAUGGAACUUUUAGAGGGGAGUGGGUACGCAGCGACUCCACAGGACUCCUUUAGCGAUGGCGGGGACCACCUGAAGCUGGAAGACGCAGUGGAGGAAGCCAAGGCCAUGGCCGCCAACGGUGCUCACAUCAUCGACAUCGGGGGUGAGUCCACACGACCUGGCGCUGCCGAGGUGCCCCACGGCGAGGAGAUCGGGCGAGUUGUGCCUGUCAUCCGCGCCAUACGCGGCGAGGGGCUGAACGUCACCGUGAGCGUGGACACCCGGAAGGCUGUGGUGGCUCGCGCUGCUGUGGAGGCGGGCGCGGACUGGAUCAACGAUGUGUCCGGGGGAGAGUUUGAUCCCGACAUGCUGUCCACGGCAGCGGAGCUCAUGGCACCGAUCGUGCUGAUGCACACGAGGGGCCUGCCGGAGAACAUGAACUCGGCCCGUCACUACGAGUCGCUCCUUAGCGAGGUCACCGAGCACCUUGCCGCGAGGCGAAGGGCAGCGGAGGAGGCGGGCGUGCCCUCCUGGAACGUCUUGCUCGACCCUGGCAUCGGUUUUGCAAAGGGCAUGGACCACAACCUGCAGCUCCUGCGGAGCUGCGCGGCGCUGGUGCAGGGCCUGCGGCCGUCUCCCGUCCUGGUGGGGGCCUCGCGCAAGCGCUUCCUGGGCACGAUCCUGGGCGAGCCUGACGCAAAGAGGCGCUCAGGGCUUCAAACCAGAUGGUCCUCCUCCUCCUCCUCGUCCUCCUCGUCCUCCUCCUCCUCCUCCUCCUCCUCCUCCUCCUCCUCCUCCUCCUCCUCCUCCUCCUCCUCCUCCUCCUCCUCCUCCUCCCCCCCUCCUCCUGGGGCGCGUUCACAUCUUGCGCGCCCGGCCUGCCAGCGUCCUCUACCGCCUGUGUUCCCAGAAAUGCUCGCGUCGUGA